AUGAAUUGCGCAAAGCUUAAUCACUACGCGGCUAAUGAGACCAGGUCGUUAAAACCGGUUGACUAUCAGGGAAAUUACGAUCUCACUUUCCUUAACGUUCAGACAUUUAUCUUGACGAAGACACGAACCAUCACUUCAAAUUCUUUGGUCGGCUCAUUGAAAAUCAGAACCUUAUCCAUUAUUUUAAGUUUCCUAUAUAUAUAUAUAUCUUUAUGUGAUAAGGCUAUAAAUAAAUUACUACUGAUAGAUCAAAUCUUGUUUCUGCAAAAUACUCUGUUUCUUUAUUUGGACUGGAGUGAGAUAACAUUAAAGAUUGCGCUCCAGGAAACGGUGAAAACGGUCGGCUCUUUAAGAUUCUGUGGCAGUGAAUCAGUGGAGACUAGCAAGAGAGAUAUGGUGAUGGAUGAUAAGAUCUAUGUAGCGGUGACAGGGAGAGACCUGGAAAACAAGUCUAGCCUCGUUUGGGCGAUACAGAACAGUGGAGGCAGAGGGUUUUGCAUCGUCUAUGUCCAGAAACUGCGGCUUUGUAGAAAAGAGAAGGAGAGAGCACAUAAGAUUGUAGACAAGUACCUUAAUAUAUGCAGGCAAAUGCAGGUCAGUGCAGAGACGAUAUACAUCGAAAUGGAUUCAGUAGAGGAAGGUAUCCUCCAAUUGAUUUCUAACCGCGGAGUUAAGAAACUUGUCAUGGGAGCAGCAGCUGAUAGACACUAUUCAAUGAGAAUGAGAGACUUGCAGUCCAAGAAAGCUAUUUACAUUCGCAGAGAAGCCCCUGCUACUUGUCAUAUAUGGUUUACAUGCAAGGGAUACUUAAUAUGUUCAAGGGAAGGUAGGAGAAGAGAUGACUUGUAUUUAGAAUGUGCAUCUUCAAAUUCUUUGAGCCAAUCUAAGAUAACUAAAGGAACUGAAAGUUUUCCAAGCUCAAGUAUGGUCAAAGAUGAUGAUAGGAUUCAAGUAUCUGAUGCAAUCAAAAGGGCUAAACAGUCAGAAAAUGUGUAUAUCAGUGAGCUGAAAUGUAAGAAAGAAACAGAGAAUGCACUGAGAACAACAAAAGAAGAACUUGAGAAGAUGAUAAGAAAGCUUCAAUACAAAUACACCUUAUCAAUGGAAGCAGUGAGAAGACUUAGACAAGAACAAGAAGAGUUGAAGAUAGAGCUUAAAGAAGUAUCAAAACUGAGUAGUAACCGCAAGAACCAUGGACCACCUCAGUACUUCAUAUGCCCCAUUACACAAGAUGUGAUGGAGGAUCCACAUGUAGCAGCAGAUGGUUUUACAUAUGAAGGGGAAGCCAUAAGUAGUUGGUUUGAGAGAGAACAUGAGACUUCUCCAAUGACUAACAAGAGCCUUCCUCACACCAGCUUGGUUCCAAAUCUUGCUCCUCGAUCUGCAAUCCAAGAAUGGCUUCAAGCAUCAAGCUCCUGAAACAUUAGCAUUAACUCCUUGUCCUAACACUAGCCGGUGUUGGCUGGUAUGAGUCCAAGUCUUUUGUAAUAAUCUUUAUCUAUUUAUGAUAUUAUUUUGUAAAUCAUUAUUUUUUCAUUAA